UUCUGGUCCCAGCCAGAGCUCCUUAUUGACAAUGUCUCUGCAAGAGGAUGUGGUUACCGGUGAGGGUGAGGUGAAACAUCCAGCUGCGAAGGUCGCCUCGUCGCUCACUCUGCUGAGCAGGUUGUUGGCGCCGGUCAAGUACCUGUUUGGGGUGAUCCGGAGGUUGUCAACGUGGGCCAUCUUUUCUCCACAAGUGGAAGUGAGAGCUGCAGACUCCAAUCUGUUCCCGGAAAGGCGCUGGCACACAGUGAAGAAACGCCUGAGUGUACUAGCUCGGCUCAUGCUUGCCAUUCUUCCCCGCAAGAUACAAGGGAGGCUUGGCCUUCCUGUGCCACGUGAUUUGGGCCGAGGUGAAAUUUCAGGUGAACUCAGAAAAUCACCAAAUAAACCACAUGGCAAAGGAAGCAAAAGGAAACAAGAUGACCUGGCUGAAGAAGAACUUUGUUGGAUCGAAUCUUUGUCUGGUGACCUGUCAGAUGCUGAUGAUUUGGUGGCAGAUCCUAAUUAUGAGCUGAGCAAGUACUACAGUGAAUCUGAAGUCAGUGAGGAACACAGGGAAUGUAACGAUACAGAAACCAGUCUGCAGUGGAAGAAACAGAAUGGCCGGGCCUUGGUAAGGCUGAAGGAAACUCGUCACCAGGAGGCAAGGAAGAUAAAAAUGUUGCAGCCUGUGCUGAUUCUGAAACACGCAUCAGUUCAGAAGAAGCUGAGAAGUGAUUGUUGCUGUGGAGGUGAACUCUAAUUUGAAGCAACUGGACUUUUGUACAAUUCAGUUUUGUAUUUGGACUUUAAUAAAAU